AGAGAGAGGGAGAGAGUAGAGGGCAAGACGGCGAUCGACGAUGCCGCAACCUGCCGCCGUCAGUCGCUCACUACCAACGACUCGAGGAACCUGGCCAGGGAACACCUCUCUGACUCAGCUCUGAAAAAAAACUUUGAACUUGUGUUAUACCGCUUGUAAAAAGGGCCUCCUGACGAGGUAUUAAAAUCAGUAGUGCCUAUUCUUGCUGGAUGAGACAGAAGGCGUGGGUAGUGUGGCAGCGCGGCCUCCCCUGUCCCCCUGGCUAUUUUGGUGCUUGAGUUGGCUCUAGGCCACCACACCUUCAGUUUGUUUCUGACCAUCAAACUGUUAGGAUAGAACGGCGCGGACUUAUCCAUAUUAAUAACUGCAUGUGUGUGUUUCAGUGACCUACAAGCGAGAGAAACUGUGACCGACUGAACGCUGAUAACACCGACAAAGUGCCUUGAUAAUUAUAUGUAUAAGCUGUUGCUCCAGUAUAACCAACAGAUAAGCAGGUGUUCAGGAAACCAUCUUGAGUAAGCAUCCGUUAUUGUGGUGGGUAUUCCCUCCACCCCCGCACCCUAGGAACCCCAACAUCGCAGACCAAGUCUUACGCCCUCACUGCGAAGUCAGACGCGACAUUUAUCGCCGUUAGGUCCUGUCCUGCAGGAGGCCCCUCCGAACUCAAACGCCGAUCGGUGGAACUGAGUUCGAAUAUCGCGCGCUAGCGCUAGAGCGAAUUGGGAUUGGCCGUAAGGCUCUCUAACUCCGCCCAUUUUAGAUCAAACUCCUCCCUCGGUGACCACAGGAUCAGGUGGAUUCAGGAUGUACGGCUCAGGUGGCUCAGAGUAUAACCAGGCGUCCCUGGACGAAGAGGAGAUGUCCACCACCGAACGAGAAUUGGCGGAAGACGCCCAGUGGAAAAGAAUUCAACAGAAUACUUUCACGAGAUGGGCUAACGAACACCUAAAGUCCGUCUCGAAGCAUAUUGGAAACCUAGAAACCGACCUAAGUGAUGGUUUGAGGCUUAUUGCCCUUAUCGAAGUUUUGUCGGGCAAGAGGCUCCCAAAACACAACAAACGGCCAAACUUUAGGAGUCAGAAACUAGAGAAUGUGUCAGUGGCUUUGCAGUUUCUUGAAAGAGACGAAAACAUUAGGAUUGUCAACAUAGAUUCAACAGACAUUGUAGACUGCAAGUUGAAGUUGAUCCUGGGCUUGAUAUGGACCCUCAUUCUCCACUACUCCAUCUCCAUGCCCAUGUGGGAUGGAGAAGACCAAGUGGCGCCCGGGGAGAAAGGACCCACGCCCAAACAGAGCGAGAGGAAUUUUACCCGGUCAAGGUCAAGGUCAGGUGGCGACCACCCGGACCUCUUGAAGGCUUGCCCCGAACAGCACAACGGUCCUAGUUCCAAAAACCAGGAACCAAGUAGUACCAGUAAAAAGCCGGCAAAUACGAAAAGAUUGCUACACUGGAUUCAGGCCAAACUUCCAGAUCUUCCCGUCACAAACUUCACAAAUGACUGGAAUGAUGGCAGAGCUGUGGGUGCUUUGGCUGAUGCUGUGGCUCCUGGACUUUGCCCUGACUGGCCUGACUGGGUGCCUGCUGAUGCUCUCAAGAAUGCUACUGAAGCCAUGACGCUUGCAGAUAAUUGGCUUGGUGUACCACAGCUCAUCACCCCUGAAGAAAUGGUCAAUCCCAACUGUGAUGAACUGUCCAUGAUGACCUAUCUUUCUCAGUAUCCUAAUGCAAAGCUCAAGAGUGGAGCACCACUGCGACCCCGCACCAAUCCUGGCAGUUCAUCAGGGAAUCCUAUGGUUCGAUGCUAUGGGCCAGGAGUUGAACCUUCAGGACCAGUAGUGGGAGCACCUACUAACUUCACCAUUGAAACCUUUAGUGCUGGGAAAGGAAAAGUAGAAGCAAUGUUACAUUGUCCUGACGGCACAGUGGAAAAUCUCCAGUGCAAAUUCAACAAUGACAGAAAUCUCACCUAUGCGUGUACUUAUACCCCUAAGAGUGAAGGUGACUACAUGGUAAUUGUAAAAUUCAGUGGGAGAGAGAUUCCAAAAUCACCAUUCCGAGUCAAUGUGUCUGGGUUUGCUGGUGACCCAAGCAAAGUCACAGCCUCUGGUCCAGGUUUGGAACCAGAAGGGGUUACCAUUAACAGACCAACAUACUUUGAUAUAUUUACUAAAGAUGCAGGGCGAGGUACACCUGAGGUCAUUAUUCUGGAUCCCUCCGGUCACAAGAAUACUGUGCCAGUCAAGACUCGUCAGAUCAGUGAGGGAGUUUAUCGUUGUGAAUAUGUUGCUUCAAGUAUUGGUCUACAUUCCAUCAAUAUUUUCUUUGCUGGGCAGUCCAUUCCAAGAAGUCCAUUUGGCGUCAAAGUAUCUCCAGUGUCUGAUGCACGUAGGGUUCGAGCUUCUGGCCGUGGACUUCAGCCAAAUGGGGUCAGGGUGAAAGAUGCUGCAGACUUCAAGGUUUAUACAGAAGGUGCUGGAGAGGGUAAUAUCGAAGUCAAAGUCAUUGGCCCAGGUGGAUCUCAUGAGACAGUAAAGACAAAGCAAAUAGAUGCAUAUACAUUUGAGUAUGUGUAUCAUCCCAAGAAGGAAGGAAGAUAUAUUGUGAUGGUAUCAUAUGGUGGGCAGGAGAUUCCAAAAAGUCCUUUUGAGGUCAAUGUUGGUCCUUACAAGGAGACAAAAAUCAGAGCCUAUGGUCCUGGGCUGAAGGGAGGAGUUGUGGGUACCCCAGCACUAUUUAGUGAGACUAAUGGCGAGGCAGGAGCUCUAGGUUUCAGCAUAGAAGGUCCCUCACAGGCAAAGAUCGACUGUAAUGACAAUGGAGAUGAGUCUGCAGAUGUUCGCUACUAUCCGACAGUACCUGGAGAAUAUGCUCUUCACAUCCUUUGCAAUAAUGAAGAUAUUCCAGGAUCUCCAUACAUUGCUCAAAUUCUUCCCAGAACAGAUUAUUAUCCUGAGAAGGUUAAAUGUAAAGGACCAGGAUUGGAGAGAAAUGGGGUUGUAUCAGGACGAUUAACAGAUUUCCAUGUUGACACUCGGGCAGCUGGUGAUGCUCCCCUAGAUGUCACAGUUAUGGAUGGAAAUUAUCAGCCAGUCAAACUAGAUGCCAAGGAUAACAAAAAUGGAACCUAUGACUUUUCAUACAGACCAACAAGAGGAAACAAACACACAGUGCAGGUUUCUUAUGGUGGAGUGGCAACAGAAAAUUCACCAUAUAGGGUGUUUGUUACUGAGCCUACUGACCCUGGUGCAGUUAAGGUGUUUGGACCUGGUGUCGAACGAGGUGUCAAGUCUAAUCCAACACACUUCAAUAUUGAUUGCCGUGAAGCUGGACCAGGAGACGUUCAAAUUGCAUUAACAAAUGCACAAGGUCAGGAUAUUCCAAUAGACAUACAAGAUAAUGGUGAUGGAACCUUCACAGUUGAAUACCUGACACCAUCUCCAGGAGACCAUAGAGUAACAGUCCUCUAUGCUUGUUCAGAGAUUCCUCAGUCUCCAAUUGUUGUGCCUGUUCAGCCUCAUGUUGAUGUAACUAAAGUCAAGGUGGAUGGCCUUGAACCAACUGCGCCCAUCAACUCCCUGCAACAAUUCAGAGUUAUCACACAAGAUGCUGGGAGAGCCGAUUUUGCUGUGUCAAUUACUUCACCGUCUGGCAUGAGGGUACGUGCACAUGUUGUACCAACUCAUGAAGGGUACUUGGUAAACUUUACUCCAACGGAACUUGGAGAAUAUCUGCUAUCGAUUCAAUUUGGGGGCCAGCCUAUCAGCUCUGCACCUUAUAGGUUUACGUGUACACCUGGAGGUGAUGCAUCUGCUGUCAGAGCAUGGGGACCUGGACUUGAGGGUGGCAUUGUGUGUAGACCUGCAGAGUUUGUUAUAGACACAAGAGAGGCUGGUCAGGGUGGUCUUGGAGUUACGGUUGAAGGACCUUGCGAAGCUGCCAUUAACUGCAGAGACAACGGUGAUGGUACUUGUGCUGUGGCUUACCUUCCAACAGAGGCAGGCCAUUAUUCAAUCAAUAUUACUUUCAAUGAACGGCACAUCCACGGCUCUCCAUUUCAUGCCCUCAUCACCCAUGAUCAAGAUUUCAAGCAGAUUAGAGUCACUGGCAAUGGCAUUCAACCUCAUGGUGUGUUUGUGAAUUCACUGACUGAUUUUGUUGUGGACACUCGUGCACUUGCCAACCUAAGGAGAGAUUCAAAGACCAACGACGUUAAAGAUGGAAAAGGUGAUGGCAAAGUGGUUUGUGUCAUAACAAAUCCUUCUGGUGUUCGCACAGAUUCAUUCCUGAAACCACUCACAGAUGGUACCUACAAAAUAUCUUAUACUCCAUUUGAAGAAGGUCGCCACACUAUUGAUUUGUUGUAUGAUGGAGUACCUGUUCCUGGGUCACCUUUCACUGUUAAUGUACGCCGUGGUUGUGACCCUAACAAAUGCUAUGCCUAUGGACCUGGCCUUGAUCACGGAUCUGUUAAUGAAGUCAAUACUUUCACAGUUGAGACAAAAGGAGCAGGCACUGGAGGACUUGGUUUAUCUGUUGAAGGUCCAUCAGAAGCAAAGAUGACAUGUAAAGAUAACCGUGAUGGCUCUUGUACAGUAGAUUACGUUCCAUUUGAAGCAGGCGAUUAUGACAUUGUCGUUAAGUUUGCUGAUCAAAACAUUCCAGGAUCACCUUUCAAGGUGGUUGUUGACCAUAGUGUAGAUGCAUCACAAGUGGUAGUUUGGGGUUCUGGAAUAGAACCCGGAAAGGUGCGAGCUGGUGUACCUCUCACUUUCCAUGUAGAUGGUUCUAAGUCUGGGAAAGCCCCCUUGGGUGUUGACAUAAAAACUGAACAUGGCCCCUUACCUAGAAAUCCAGAAAUACGUGAUAAUGGAGAUGGAACCUAUGAUGUCACAUACGUACCUCAUGAUGAAGGCACAAUGCAAACUGCUAAUAUUACAUGGGGUGGAAAACCUGUUCCAGGAAGUCCAUUCCGAACUCGUGUGCGGCCACCUGUGGAACCAAAUAGAGUGAAAGUCUCAGGUUCUGGUGUUUCUAGCAAAGGCAUUCCUGCUUCCCUACCAACGGAGCUUGUAAUAGACACAAAUGAUGCUGGUGCAGGAGAUCUCCAAGUGGCUGUCACUGGUCCGGAUGGUCAUCCAAGGAAAGUGAAGGUAGUGGACAACAGAGAUGGCACUUACAGUGCCUCAUAUGUUCCAGAUGACUGUGGGAAGUACAAAGUUUCUGUUAAAUAUGCUGAUGAGGAAGUUGGACACUCACCAUUCCCUGUCCAGGCCUUUGCUACUGGAAAGGCUGAUGAAUGUAAAAUUACUGAGGGCAUCAAUCAUUCUUUGAAUAUUGGUGAGGAGUACUGUAUUACUGUGAAUGCAAAGAAUGCAGGAAAUGGGGCUGUGACUUGUAGAAUACGAUCCACGUCUGGCAGUGAUUUGGAUAUUGACAUCGAGGACAAUGGUGAUGGAACUUUCAGCAUAUAUUAUACUGUCAAAGAUGCUGGAGAAUACACUCUUUCUGUGAAGUUUGGGGGCCAACCUGUACCUGAUGGUUUCUACUCUUUCACUGCCCAGUCUGAGGACGAGUACCGCCAAACCCAGACUAAGGUUAACGGACUCCAGGGAGCGCCGAGUGGCACAUCCAACUACCGCUCUGUCGAGCUACAUAACAUCCCAUUACCAACCACAGGUGGUCACGUCACUGCUGAAGUCAAAAUGCCUUCUGGAAGAGUGGACAACCCCUUAAUUGAGGAUAAUCGUGAUGGCACGGUGUCUGUUCGCUAUGAACCAAAGGAGGAGGGUCUUCAUGAACUUCACAUAAAAUACAAUUCAGAACAUGUACAAGGAUCCCCCUUCAAAUUCCAUGUGGAUUCCAUCUCAUCUGGGUACGUGACAGCUUAUGGUGGGGGACUCGUGCAUGGCAUUACUGGCGAACCCUGCAACUUUACUAUUUCCACCAAGGAUGCUGGUGCAGGUAGCUCCACACUACGCGGAGGCCUCUCUCUGGCUGUUGAGGGACCAAGCAAAGCAGAGAUUUCCUGCCAUGACAACAAGGAUGGAACAGUGUCAGUGAGCUACCUGCCAACUGCCCCUGGAGAAUACAAAGUAUCUGUUAAAUUUGCUGAGAAACACAUCAAGGGGUCUCCAUAUUCAGUGAAAGUUACUGGAGAAGGUCGCAAGAGAAACCAGAUCAGUGUUGGUUCUCAGUCUGAGGUUAGCCUCCCAGGCAAGGUGACAGAUUCAGACAUCAAGAGUCUUAAUGCUUCAAUCCAGGCUCCCUCAGGCUUGGAAGAGCCCUGCUUCCUGAAAAAGCUCCCCAAUGGUCAUCUUGGUAUUUCUUUCACACCUCGUGAGGUUGGUGAGCACUUGGUUUCUGUUAAGCGCAUGGGAACACACAUUGCCAACUCUCCCUUCAAAAUCACUGUUGGAGAAAAAGAAGUUGGUGAUGCUUCGAAAGUUAAGAUCACAGGCGAUGCUUUGAAGGAAGGCAAGACUCAUCAUGAAAACCAGUUCACCAUUGACACUCGUGAUGCUGGCUACGGUGGUCUUUCACUCUCAAUUGAAGGCCCAUCUAAAGCAGAUAUCCAGUGCAAGGAUAAUGAGGAUGGAACACUGACCAUUGGAUACAAGCCCACUGAGCCUGGAUAUUACAUUGUUAACCUCAAGUUUGCAGAUAAUCAUGUCCCUGGAUCUCCUUUCACUGCUAAGGUCACAGGAGAAGGUUCCAAUCAACAAACAGAGCGUAUAAAGAGGCAACGUGAGGCUGUGCCACUGACAGAAGUAGGCUCACAAUGCCGUCUUACGUUUAAACUUCCUGGAAUCUCACCAUUUGAUUUAAGAGCAUCUGUAACCUCCCCUGGUGGUGUCACUGAGGAUGCUGGUGUUGGUGAAGUGGAGGAUGGCCUGUAUGGAGUUAACUUUGUACCAAAGGAGCUCGGUGUUCACACUGUGUCUGUCAAAUACCAGGAAAUGCACAUUCCUGGAUCACCCUUCCAAUUUACAGUUGGCCCCUUGAAGGAUGGAGGUGCUCAUCGUGUACAUGCAGGUGGACCUGGGUUAGAACGAGGUGAACAAGACAUGCCUUCUGAAUUCAAUGUUUGGACUCGUGAAGCUGGUGCUGGAUCUCUUGCGAUAUCUGUUGAAGGCCCCAGCAAGGCAGAGAUUGACUUCAAGGAUCGUAAAGAUGGCUCUUGUUAUGUCUCCUACCUUGUUUCUGAACCUGGUGAAUACCGUGUUGGCAUAAAGUUCAAUGACAAGCACAUUCCGGACUCUCCAUACAAGGUGUACAUUACCCCUGCCAUGGGAGAGGCAAGGAAGGUUGAAGUAGCUCAAUUCCCAGAACAAGGUGCCAAGCCCAAUAAGGCCCAGUCCAUACUAGUUAUAAAGAAUGGUGCAAAGGGUCAGCUUGAUUGCAAGCUUGUAUCUCCUUCAGGUCAUGAGGAUGAUUGUUUCGUAGAUCUCCUUCAUGAAGACACCUACAGCGUACGCUUUGUACCACGAGAGAUUGGUAUUCAUUUUGUUCAUAUUAAGUUUAAUGGUAUUCACAUCCCAGGGUCACCAUUCAGAUUACGCAUUGGCAAAGAUGAGGCAGAUCCUGCAGCAGUCUCAGCUUCUGGAAAGGGACUGGAAGCUAUUGUCUCUGGCCAGAAAACAGACUUCAUUGUUGAUACCUGCAAUGCGGGUGCUGGUACUCUAGCAGUAACUAUAGAUGGUCCAUCAAAGGUAUCCAUGGAUUGCACUGAAGUAGAGGAGGGUUACAAAGUCCGUUAUACACCACUCGUCCCCGGAGACUAUUACAUUGCCGUUAAGUACAAUGGCUAUCACAUUGCUGGUUCUCCAUACAAGGUAAAAUGUACUGGUGAAGCUGUAGCAGAUAAAGGAACAGUUCAGGAGUCAUCUUCUGUUGUAGUAGAAACUGUAGAAAAAAUAAAAUCAUCUGAUAAGGGUCAUGGACUUGGUGGAGUUGUCAUUCCUAGAUUUACUUCUGAUGCCUCUAAAGUCACAAGCAAAGGCUUAGGUUUGAAGAAAGCACAUAUCAAUCGCCAGAAUAACUUCACAGUGAAUGCCUCUGAAGCUGGUAACAAUAUCUUGUACGUAGGUGUUUAUGGACCUAAGGCACCAUGUGAGGAAGUUUACAUUAAACAUAUUGGACAUAAUAACUACCAGGUUGGGUACAAGGUCCAGGACCAUGGGGACUACAUCAUCUUAGUGAUGUGGGGUGACACUCAUAUUCCAGGGUCCCCUUUCAAAGUUCAGAUGUUUUAAAGUUAGCUUCCCUCCAGAAGUCCAUUUCACUUAUUGCCUAUGUCGUACGUGAUAAGGGUGACUACAUCCUGAUUGUGAAAUGGGGUGAUGACCAUAUACCUGGCUCACCCUUCCACGUGACACUUUAAGGUUUUUAUUUUAAAUCAUAUAUCAUGCUCACAGAAAAGAAAUCGUGAAAUAUUUUAAGACCACUAUUUUGAUAACUGUAAAAGGCAUUUGUUUUUGUCAUGUUAAUUUAUUCAUUAGUUCCAUUAGCAUUUUAUAUAACUUAGUAUCAUCUUACAUUGUUUCCUAUUAUAUAUAUAUAUAUAUUAUAUAUACUAUUUAUAAAACAUCCCUCAAGGAACUACAUGAAACCUUUAUAAAUUUAUGAAUAAUUGUAUUUAUUGCUGUGUUAUGGUUGCAUUUGUGUUGGCUAUCAAAAAAUCAAUUGAUAGGCGCAACAUGAAUGGAAGGCUUCCACGCUAUUAGAAUAUCGUUACUUUUAGGAAGUAUUUUACAAAUUCUAAUUAUAAAAGGUGCUCCAGUUAUGUUAAGGCUUUGGCUAUUUGUAUUCUUAAAUUGUAAGCUCACUGGUAGUUUCGCCUAACCAUUGGAGAAGCUCUACUCUGUUCCUGUUGAUUUGUUGAAAUUAUAAUGGAUAUAUUAUGCUAGUUCAGGUUAUAUUAGGUACUUAAAUCUCCAUUUGUUUAUAUGCUCUGCUCAUGAUUGCUGGUAAUUUCAGUAAAGUGAAUGUUUCAGAUUAUAAUAAUGAUUUGUGCGUAUAGACAUGAUCAGAUUCUCAAACUGUCCUAUUUGUUUGCUCUGUUCUUGAUUGCCACAAAACUGCAUUCUUCCUUAUCACUUUAUAUGCUUUUCCCCUUUCUCCUAAGGAUUACAAAUUCUGACAAUGAUAAUUUUAAAGAGAAGUCUGCUUAAGACAUUUGUCAUGCUGAAUUUGUUUUCCUUGUGAUAUCAUAAAUAAGUAAAGUGCCAAUUUCACUUCUUUCCUGCAGUUCUGCCUAUGCCUUGUUUCAGAAAACAUGGGAUAAAUUUGUUUAACCUAAUCGUUCAAGCUUACAUUAAUGUAAGCUUGAUGGAAACUCAGUCGACAUAGGUUCAUGAUUUGGACAUAUUUUUUGAAUAAUCAUGAACUCCAACAUAUAUAUUUUCUGAGAUCAAAUAAAAGCUUAUGUGGGGUUUUAAA